GCACUGUGUCCGUACAACGCGAAGUCGGUACAAAAUGAACGCCGAACGCUUCAGUUUUAUCUAAGCUCCUCUUCUGUCAUCUUAUCAAAAUGGGUAAUCAAUUGGUGGGCAUUGCGCCCAGCCAAAUAUAUCCGGUGGAACACUAUCUAACAGAUCACAGCGACUUAUUGUUCGACGUAAAUUUAGGAAGUACUAGGUUUUUCAAAGUAGCACGGGCCCGCAGCCAGGAGGGUUUGAUAGUAGUGAAGGUCUUUGUAAUUCAUGACCCAACAUUGUCAUUAUCAGCCUACAAGGAUAAGCUAGAAGAGAUAAGAUCCAAAUUAGCUUCAGCUGUCAACUGCCUGCCAUUUCAGCGAAUGAUUCUCACAGAAAAAGCAGGCUCAAUAAUGCGGGAAUAUGUCAAAUAUUCUCUUUAUGACAGGAUCAGCACUAGGCCAUUUUUAACAACCAUAGAAAAAAAGUGGAUCACUUUUCAAGUAUUGUAUGCUCUUCAUCAAGCUCAUAAGUUUGGAGUUUGCCAUGGUGACAUCAAGCUAGAGAACAUUAUGAUAACCAGUUGGAAUUGGGUAUUACUCACAGAUUUUGCUAGUUUUAAACCAACAUAUUUACCAGAGGAUAAUCCUGCAGAUUUCUCAUACUUCUUUGAUACUUCUAGAAGAAGAACAUGUUACAUAGCACCAGAACGAUUUGUAAAAACAUUAUCCUCGGAAUUAAACAAUACAUUGUUAUUACCAGAGCAAGAAGUGAAAACGGGUGAUUUGCAUCCCAUGAUGGAUAUCUUUUCUGCAGGCUGUGCUUUAACAGAAUUGUAUAACGAAGGCCAUCCACCGUUUGAUUUUUCACAACUUUUGGCAUACAGGAACAACGAAUAUUCGGUGAGCAAGCACUUAGACAGUAUCGACGACCCUGGAAUACGAGAGUUGCUUGACUCAAUGCUGGAAAGAAAUCCGGCAAAUAGGAAGAGCGCGGAGCUUUAUCUGUCUCAGGCUCGCGGCACGAUAUUUCCGGAAUAUUUUUACUCCUUCUUGCAAUCCUACAUGCUCAUUUUUUCUGCCGCACCCAUUUUAUCGCCAGAUGAGAAGAUAAAUAGAUUAAAGAAGGAUAUUGGUAAUAUUAUCAGUAUAUUGCGCGCGGAGGAAAAUGAACGGAUGAAAACGAGCUUGAUAAAACCCGCGGAAACCGUGAAAACUAUUCAAUAUGAGAGUAAUGUAGAAUCAAUCAAAGACGAUUCCGGUCAUAGCGAAGAGAAUACAAUGGUGGAGAUUGACAGUGAUCAAAGUUUCGACAAGAACGACUUGGGUCAGGUCGACGCGAGGAGUACAGCGCAAGACAUUGAAAAUGACGUUCAAAUAGAAGCGGAGUUGGAGUUUAAGUCAUCCGAAGAGGAUCGUAAACAAGUGUGCGACACGGAAUCUGAGAAACCAGUUCUCGUGUCGACUGAAAUUCUAGAAGGACUCGUUAUCGUGACUCAACUCGUCACAUCUUGCAUCAGAGGACUGCAUCAUUCGCAGUCUAAAUUGCACAGCUUAGAAAUAUUACUGGAACUUGCUGGGAAUGUUUCCGACGAGACAAUUCUUGAUAGGAUAUUACCUUACAUUUUUCUUCUGGUUCAUGAUCCGGCACCGCGAGUAAGAGUAUCAGCAAUACACACUUUAACGAAGUGUUUGCAUCUCGUGAAAUCGAUACCACCUUCGGACGUGAACAUAUUUCCCGAAUACAUUCUGCCAGGCUUGUCGCAAAUAACUCAAGACGAGGCAGUAAUCGUCAGAGCAGCUUACGCGGAGAAUAUCGCGCAUCUGGCGCAUAUCGCCCUACGUUACCUUGAGAAUACUCAUUUGUCCAAUUUGGGCAACAAAGAAGGACCAAAACCCAGUUACGAUAGCGAGUUGCAAACUUUGCAUGAGAUGGUACAACAAUCAGUGUCCAUGCUGUUGACAGACUCGCAGAAUUUAGUGAAACAGACUCUAAUGGAAAAUGGAAUAAAUAAAUUGUGCGUGUUUUUUGGCAAGCAAAAGGCUAAUGACAUUUUGCUCAGUCACGUGAUUACGUUCUUAAAUGACAAGGAAGACAAGGAAUUAAGAGGAUCUUUCUUUGAAUGCAUAGUCGGUGUUGCUGCUUAUGUAGGUUGGCACAGUAGUCCUAUACUAUUACCACUUCUACAGCAAGGUCUAACCGAUCCUGAAGAAUUCGUAAUAGCAAAGGCUAUAAACGCUAUGGCGACACUUACAGAAUUAGGUCUAUUGCACAAAUCUGCUCUCUAUCAGUUAUUAGGAGAAACUAUGGUAUUCUUGGUUCAUCCAAAUCUUUGGAUACUUCACGCGACCGUUGGCUUCAUAUCCGCAGCGGCGAGAACUCUGAACGUGGUGGACGUCCAGUGCAAGGUUCAGACAAUGAUUCAGCCAUAUCUGAAGCACUCGUUGAUCCAAAUAGAGAAGGAAAUCUUGUUGUUGGAAGCCCUCGUCCCUCCUAUACCCAGAAUAGUAUACGACUCGGUGGUGAAGUAUAACGACGUGGAGGAGUUAUUCCAAGUGCUGGAACAGAGACAAGCGGUUAGAACGAAGGCUGUGACAGGCAUGGUACCGCAAUACAACGCCAUGAGCACUUCAUUGCGAAACCUUUUCAGACGACUGAGCUCAGAGUCGAUGACGGAGACGGUUGAAGAUCAGUUGUUGAUGAUGAGAUUGCAUUUGGCAAAGAUCAACAAGUAUCGUAAUUCCGCGGACACCAAGCAGAAUAUCGCCAAGCCCGUGGACGGUAAGCUGGAGCUAGGUACGGUAAAGGAUCGGAUAAGACAUCAUAUCGUCAUAUUAUAUCCUGACACCAAGAGCGAUUUAGCCUUGCCACCUUUCAAGAGGUCAGAUCGGAGAACGUCGGACAGUGUUGGCACGUACGCGACGAUGAAUCAAGAAUGGCGCACGAUGUUCGCAGCUCAAGACAGUAGUCAGCACGCUAUUGUUAGAAUGUCGGACAUGACCGGAAGCAGCGGCAGUCCCAGCCAGAGCAUACACAGUGGAGACAUUCACUUGUCUCCGCAGCAUUGCCUACCGGACAUGGCCAGUAUAAAUUCCUUCAUGAACGACCAUUCCCUCCACGAGCGGUCUUACAUACAGUACAGAUGCGCUCCAUGCCGGCUAGAAGUACGACAAUUGACGUGCCGCAAGCAAGAACAGCACGCGGCAGCAUUGAGGGCGCAGCAUUGGGCCAAUAACGUCGCCUGCGAAACAAGCUCAAAGAGAUUACUACCAAACGAUUGGAGACCCCGAGGAGUUCCAGUCGCACAUCUCCAUGAGCACAGAGCUGCGGUGAACAGGCUGGUCUCGAUAGUGGACACUUCUCUAUUUGCGAGCAGUUCCUCAGAUGGAUGCAUUAAGAUCUGGGACGCCAGCAAAAUGGAAGGACGGAAUAUUGCUAAUCGUUCUAGGCAAACGUACAUGCACAGAGGAGGUCCACUGGUCGGUUUAACCGUGUGCGAUCAAGGGCAAUCUUUGGCAAGUUCGGCGAGUCAAUCCGGAACAGUAUUUGUAGUUCGGAUCGAGCCGAACUCCAGUAAAAUGAGCGUGAUCGGCACUCGUCAAUUGGAUCUUCAGGAAGAAGGUUGCGCUGUCGAUCUUCAGUAUUUAGAUUCCGGCUCGCAAUCGGUUCUCGUGUAUGCUUCGUUGUACGGAUCGCUGGUAGGUUGGGAUUUACGAUGUCCCGGUACAACGUGGCGCUUGGAGAACGACCUGAAGCACGGAGUUAUCACGUCGUUCUGUGUGAAUAGUCAUCAGCAGUGGCUGACGCUCGGCACGAGCUCAGGUAUUCACACCUGUUGGGAUCUAAGAUUUCAGCUGCCGAUAACGAGCAUCAAGCAUCGAAAUGGUCACAGAGUGCGAAAGGUAAUCACACAUCCGACGGAACCUUCGUGGAUCAUUUCGGCGGUGCAAGGUAAUAACGAGAUUUCUAUGUGGGAUCUGGAGACCGAUCAUCGACAGAUGGUUCUGUGGGCAUCAAAGAACCCGCCGUUAAGCAACACCCAAGACGGUAACAGCGUGUGUGCUCUAUACGCCGGAUGCAUCGACUGCUCGGGUUUCCUUCUAGCCGGCGGCACCGAUAUGAAGUUGCGUUUCUGGGACUUGAAGAUGCCAACCGCGUCUUACAUCGCUUUACCCGCCGCCAACGACGUCGUACGUCGACCGAACUCGUCGAAAUAUGAACAACGUUUAAUAGAAGGAUCGAACGUUGUGCGAGAGACCUUGGUAGGCGACGAUUCCACCCCGUCUUUCAGCGGAAGCAGCAGAAAUAUGGAGGAAAGCGGUCCCGAAACCCCACCUUCCGGCCAUCACGACACGAUAUCCGCCGUUUCGAUGACGAACACGUACAUUCUGACCGGCAGCACGGACGGUCUGAUACAAGUCUGGAAAUGAUUGUAUUUCUCGCUCCUGAACUCGAUCCCAAAGUUCCUCGCUCGGACGACGAAAGGUUUUUCGGUGCAUUGUGGAAUUUUCUUUCUACAAUAACGAAACGUUGUGAUCCAAGUAAGAAAUAACGGUUACCUCACAAUUGUCCAAGCAGAUUAUUCGGCGACGCCUAGCGAUGUCCGUAUUAUGUAUAGUGCGAUCCAUUUAUGGAAUUAUUAUACAGAUAAACACGAUAAUGCAAUAUCUCAUCAGUGGAAUUAAUAAUUAUAUACUUUUUAAUAAC